AUGGCGGAGACUCCGAUCCUGAUCGGUGUGGGCGAUAUCAUCAACCGUAAUCUAGCAGUUCAUCAUGCCGCGGAACCACUCGAGUUGAUGCUCAAUGCUAUAUCUAUUGCAUUACAGGACACUGGUCUCUCGUCGCAAGCCAUAGCAAACCUCAAGACCAAAAUCGACAGCAUAGAUGUUAUCCGUACCUGGACCUGGCCAUAUCCCGAUCUUCCUGCUUUACUUGCUGAGAAAUUGGGCACUAAACCAAGUCACACCUUCUGCUCUCCACAUGCAGGUACUCAGCCUGCCAAACUGGUCGAUGAAGCAGCUCGUAGAAUUGCAAACGGAGAAACAAGGUUGGCAGUAGUGACAGGAGGAGAGGCUCUGGCAUCGCUCGCUGCAUGUGCGAAGGCGGGCGUAAUGCCUCCGCCAAACUGGACUCCGGUCGACACACCCGUCACUCAAGUAUUCGCGCCUUCGACAAGCGAAAUGGCCAAAGGGAUCGGAGCCAAGCACACCAUCGGAGCACCUAUUCAGGUGUAUCCACUUUUCGAGAACGGCCUACGUGCUCAAAGAGGACAGUCUAUAGAGGACAACAACACGGAAAGCGCGAAGCUCUAUGCUAGCUUUGCCCAGGUUGCCAACAAGACGCCUCUGGCGUGGAACUUUCCCAAAACGGCAGAAACAGAGGAGACCAUAGGACGUGUGUCCAGUCGAAACCGCAUGAUCAACCCUCUUCUGAUGAACGCGUUCAAUACUGUGAAUCUGGCUGGAGCAGUGGUUUUGACAUCCACCUCGUAUGCUCGCGAGCUAGGUAUCGCUCAAGACAAGUGGAUCUACGUGCUUGGAGGGGCCGGCACGCAAGACAGUGACAACUUCUGGGAACGACCAAACUUCUACUCCAGUCCUGCUAUCAGUCGCACGUUGGACGCCGGGCUCGAAGCUUGUGGGCUUGGUAAAAAGGAUAUUGACAUGUUUGAUUUCUACAGCUGUUUUCCAAUCGUACCCAAGCUUGCCUGUCUCCAUCUUGGCCUGGAUAUGUUGAAGCCUGAGAAACCAAUCACUUUACUCGGUGGUCUGACGAGUUUUGGCGGAGCAGGCAACAACUACUCUAUGCAUGCAAUGACAAUCAUGGCAAAGAAAUUACGUGCAGGAGACGGCACAAGUGGUCUGGUUCUCGCAAAUGGCGGCGUCCUGACAUAUCAGCAUGUUCUCUGCUUGUCUUCGCGACCACGUGCAGAUGGUCGAUCUUAUCCUGCUCGCAAUCCUCUACCUCCUAGUCUUAGCAGUGAUUCGGUGCCUGUCAUUGACGAGACCGCCGAGGGUGAAGCCAUGAUCGAGACAUACACAGUCGACUUUGACCGCAAGAACGUGCCUUCGCUCGGCCAUGUUGUGGGAAGGCUCAAGAUUUCCGGGCACAGGUUCAUUGCCAAUCAUGGAGAUGCGACAACAUUGAAACGACUUGCAAGCAGAGCCGAGGAGCCAAUUGGCAAGAGCGGGUACGUGCGACCAAGUACUCAGGGAGAGGGAAGAAACCUGUUCUUCUUGAACGGCGGUGCAAGGCUCUAG